CAAACCCAGUGGAACAACUGAACCGGGUCGAAGCUCCACGACUGCCAACAGCAGCGCACAUGACGGACGACGACAUCCUCGAGCGCCUUCUCUUUGGGGGUGACGGUGACGACGUCGUAAUUCUAUCUCCUGCGAUCGACGACUUGGCUAUCGCGCCGUCGUCGGCACCGACAGAAGCGUCGAGCAACCAUUCUGACGAGUCGGACGCGCCCAAGCGAAAGCGGCAGCGUACGAGCCUCAAACACGAACUUGAGUACCUGAGGGAGAAGCAAGAAGCGUUGCAGGCUCAGCUCAACGAGCUGCGCGCGACGACGGUGGUCCGGCAGCCCAGCUCCAUCUGGGAGAUGCGUGCCAAGACCCAAAUCGCAGCAGCCACGCGCGCCAUGCAGGAGAACGCGUCGCUUCGGACGUUGUUGCAGGAGCAAUUGAAGACUGCGCAAACGUUGGAGCGAGUGUUGAAACGGUCGCCCAAACUUGAGCUGUCCCCCCAGUUCAAUCGAGAAGAAUGGCGCAGCUGGAGGCUCGAUGCCGACCCCGCUGCGCGCAUUCAAAGCAUGCUCGCGAUCACGGACCACAUGUACGACCGCCUCGAGGGCGAAUUGAUCAAGAGCAAAGUGUACGACCUCCACGACCGGCAGAGCUGCAUGAACGUGCGGACGCACCAGAACGUGCUCUGGUUUGAUUUUAUCCAGUCCACCAUCAUGGACGUCGACCACGACGCGAUGCGGUCGGCCACGUGGGCGCUCGCACGUCAGCAACUCCAAAUGGAUGGCGGUCCCAUCCUGUCGACAACUGGCACGAUCUUGGCAGACGUGCCCGAGUUCAACAUGGUGUACACGCGUAACGAGUCGACUAUGGUUUUCACGAGCGGCUCGUCGUGCAAAUCGGAAGGCCGAUGGAUCGCACGCAUGUACACCGAGCCCCACCGCACGGUUCUUGUGUAUCGUACGAUUCUCGACGACGCGUUAGAGCCGCACACCCCCGGGAUCCUCCGCGACAACCUUGCUGGCUGGUACGACGACGCACGGCUGAAGCUCCAUUGACGUGGUAACGUGCAGGGUGGUGUUGCAGCGGUGUGAGACCGACCCGGCCAAGACCAAGCAAAUGGUCGUUCACCAGUGCACGCCGGCGGUGUCGACCUGCAGCGACGAUGGCGCACAGGCGCCAUUGCCCCCGACGGGCGAAUUGACCGAGUUUCUCUUGAAUAUGCUUCGUACACACAUGGAUAGCAUUCGACGAGCAGUUGUCCAGCACAAGCCGUCGACGGUUCCACCGAUUGCAGCGACCGCACGUGUCCAGGUCGAGCGCAAUUGAGGCGUGCCGUCGUUCUGCCCGGUUCAGUGUCGUUGUAGCCGCCUCUUUGUAUUGUAAUUCGCAUCCCAUGGCAAUCGUGGCCGCCGACACCCAUGGGGAUGGACCCAACGUGCGCGUCCU